AAAAAAAAUAGCUGGAUGCUGUAAAAGUGAAUUUGAUUCAACAUAUCCUCAACGUCUACAUGGAAUAAUUUCGUUCGAAGAAUUUGGAGAAUCAAUUCAAAAUAUUAAUCAACAAAUCUCUUCUAGGAAACCUAAGAUGUUUGUUAUGUUGAUUUGUAUUUUACUUGUAAUUGCAAGUAUUGUAUUAUUCGUUGUCGGUGGAAUAUUAGCGAAAAAUUCUGGUACCAGUGGGUUUUCUAUAUUGAUUAUCAUUGCAAUGGUAGUUUUUAUUGUUGCAUUCCUGUUUCUUUCCAUUGGAUUUGUGGUUAUAAGAAGACUACGUGCAACUAAAAUGCGACGAGCAAUUGCGAAUGAAUCGAUAAAAUAUGUUAGACGAUCACCAAAACCAUGUAGUUGGCGAUUGAAUGCUUUUACAUAUGUUACUAGAGGAUAUCGAGGCCGUCGACGUGUCGUAGUCAUUUACAGUUUAAUAAUUGAUAUUGCAAAUUCUGUUGUUCCAACAAAUCAAAAUAUACCGACACAAUUCAAUCAAGUAGCUCCUCAACCAGUAUCAACGUUUAAUCAACAGAACAGUAUUCCUCCACCAUACCCUGGUCAACCAGUUGGAAGAUUUUGUUCACAGUGUGGAACACCACGACAAAAUCUUACAGCAAAAUUUUGUCCAUCAUGUGGUCAGGCAUUUUAA